GUCACUGCACACCAAACAGAUCAUUUUAAAGGGUAAGUCGGUAUUUUGGAGAGGGAGGGUGGAGAUGGACCUCCAUUUCUAAUUUCUGUGGACCGCAUGGAAGCCAGCAUUCAACAUUUCCAUCCACUCACUAGCAGUAACGGCAGCAGCCGGAGGGUUGAGACUCGAGAGCAUUUCCUUUUAUCGUCAUCUUCUGCUAAUCAGACCAUUUUCUGUGAAUCCUUUCAUCUUUUGACAUAAAAUUGAAAAGAAGAAGGAAUGAUCCGCACCUAUCUGCCAGUAAUUUCUACAUAAUUUCUACCCGCCCUUUAAUCCAUUGCAGCAUUUCUUUUUAAUUAAUAUUUAGUUAGAGAAGAGAAACAAAAGAAAAAUUAAAGAAAUGGAAGCAGUGUCACGGCAAACACAGGCUCUGAAGGCAAAACCAACGACAGCUGCCUUUGCCCCAUCUCUUCCUUCAACCAAACCACCCUCAUCUUCCCAUGUUGUGGCUUUCAAGGGUUCCUCUUCAGAUUCCAAUGGUUUUUCUUCAACGCAGAAUCCUUUUCUCAGAGGUCAAUUUCAUGGCAGGCAUUUCCUUGGAUUCAGCUCGAAUCGUCGCCUGAGACAUCGGCCAGGAAUUGUGGUUUCACCAACGUGUGUACUUCCGUUGACUGAAGAAAAUGUGGAGAGAGUUUUGGAGGAGGUGCGACCUGGCCUUAUGGCGGACGGGGGAAAUGUGGCUCUGCAUGAAAUUGAUGGCCUUGUUGUGGUAUUAAAGCUGCAAGGUGCAUGUGGGUCAUGCCCGAGCUCCACGAUGACGCUAAAGAUGGGAAUCGAAACGCGACUCCGGGAUAAGAUCCCAGAAAUCCAAGCAGUCGAGCAAAUCCUAGACACAGAAACAGGCCUGGACUUGAAUGAAGAAAAUGUUGAGAAGGUUCUUGCUGAAAUUAGGCCGUACCUGGCUGGAACAGGAGGUGGAUUGCUAGAGCUUGUUGAAAUGAAGGAAUAUGUUGUCAAAGUGCGGUUGAGCGGGCCUGCAGCCAAGGUCAUGACUGUGCGUGUCGCUUUGACCCAGAAAUUAAGAGAAAAAAUACCGGCCAUUGCAGCCAUCCAACUUGUAAAUUGAUAACUGGCUACUUUGCCUUCGAGGAGCUGUUAUUAAUUUACCGUAAAGGGAGAGAGGGGGAGGUGGUGAGAUCCAUCAUGAGUAGAAUUUUCCUUGUAAAAUUAAUUCAUGAGCAUCAUCAACGAAUCAUGUCUACAUUUGAUACUUAGAAUUCUUAUCAAUCAAACUGUCUGUGGGUGGGAUUGUAAUCCUCUCUGCAUGGGGCUCUAGCGAGCGAGCCAACUAGCCAGGCAGAAGAUCAACAGGGAGAAUUAAGAGGGAUUAAGGCCCCAUCUCCUUUUUUCUUUUAUAAUAAUUUUCCCCAAUUUUUAUGUAACGUUGUAACUCAGAAUAUUAACAUUUCAGUAGGCAUUUUCUUUUCCUCAA